UCGGCCGGCCGUCGCGAGGAACGCACGCGCGUCACAAUGACCAUACUUACCGCAUAACAGGUGUUUGUGAAAAAAAAAAUCGUUAUAAAACAUUCUAAAACAAAAAGGCAUCGGCAUAGAUCGGUUUAGAUUAACUUUUUUUAUAGUUUGUUCUCAUUACAAAAGUGCGCAAGUGGUACCGUUGUUAUUCCAUUUCUUUUUCCGUUAAGCGUGUGCCAGUGGUAUUGUGUUGUGAGAUCGGAUGGCUUUGGCCCGGCAAUGUCCAUCUACAGAUUGCCUCUAUGUGGCAACUUAUAUUUUGAUUGAGGACAGCUAAAUAUACAACUCGUUAAGUAACUUGUGCAAGUGAAGAUAAAUCUAAAAAGUGAUUGUAACCAAAGUGACUAAGUGUAUCAAGUGUUCAUUUUAAGUAUGACUUAGUACAAAGUGCCGCCAUGUACCGGCCUAACUUCUACGAAAGCACGUGCUUUCGGUGCAAUGAGAUCGUGUACCAGGUGGACCGUGUUGGCCCACUCAAAGACUUCACCUUCUUCCAUAGCGGCUGCUUCAAGUGUGCGGUGUGCGGCACCAAGUUGACUUUGAAAACAUACUACAACAAUCAACAUUGGACGGAGGACAAGGAGGUGUAUUGCUCGAGCCACGUGCCAAAGAUCGGCCCCGGCCACCUCGACAACUCCUCCGUCGGCAUCCGCAGCGCCCUCAACGUGCCGCGCACAAACAACUACGUCAACGAACAGAUACGCGGACACGCGCGAAACUCCCACGAUAAUGAUUAUAACAUUUCAAGAGGAGAUGUUUACGUGUCACCAACGCGAGCCACAAACGGCGGCAGUGUGCACGCGUCCCCCGCGCGUGACUCGUCCCGGGAACCUGACUACCAAUAUGGUCGUUUCGAUGCCAGCGCACUGCACAUCGCCCACGCACUUAAGCAGACAGAACUGCAAAAGGCCUACCACAGGCCUAAAGAAAAACCCAUCGACUGCUACCUGGAUCGAGAUGAACAAACCAAACUUGAGAUGAAGCACCGGCAAGAGGAGGACGACUUGUACAGAAAGUUCUCGAAGCAUCGCGAAGAAGAAAACAGAAGAAUACGAGAUGAAAUUCAAGACGAAUGGGAACGAGAAUUGGAACGGCUAACAUUAAGGUUUCAACAAGAAAUGCAAGUUAAAAAGAGAAGGCCGGACUCGGAGAUCGGAGCACUUACACUGCGUCAUCAGCAGGAGAGAUUAGAUCUAGAAAAGAACAUGACAUUACGAAGAGAUAAGAAGAAAGAAAGCUUAACGAGGAAGAUGUUAGAACAUGAAAGAGCGGCGACCGCGGCACUAGUGGAGAAGCAGAGCCACGAAAUGAUGGAGCUCAUCCAGGAGCGACGGUCAGAGUACAUGGCGGCCAGCUCAUUGUACGUGGACGGUGAAGAGGCCCCACCCUACCCCGCCCGUGCGCCCGCGCCGCAGCCCCCGCUUGUCUCCAAGUUCCACAUAUACACAGACCCGGCGGAGUUCGCAGAUGUAGACAAGAUUGCGAUAUCGGUGGCGCAAGAAGACCAAAAGACGUUCACUGACCUGGUGAGGCAGCUGGUGGGGCGCUGUGCCAGCGACGUGGAGAAGGCGCGGACAAUAUUCCGCUGGAUCACCGUCAAAAACCUCAACAACAUACAGUUCGACGAUAACCUUAGAGGCGACUCACCCCUUGGUCUACUCAGGGGUAUCAAGCACGGCACAGAAAGUUACCACGUACUCUUUAAGAGAUUGUGCAGAUCUGCUGUGCGGAACUGCAAACAGUAAUGGUUCCAUUACCAGACUGUGCUAGCGGAGAAUGGGGACCCACCAAAGCUACCAGACUCUUCGGUUUGGUUCCGAUCACACAUCAGGAGGCGCUAGUGUUCGCGGGCCGGGAACUAGAGCUGCAGUUCCGCAUGUCGCGGCCGCUCGCAGACUUCAUGGCGACGCUGCACAAGAACGGCGUAGACGAGAAGCGGCUCGGCAAGUUCGUGCAGCAAGCGGUCUCCGACGACGUCGUUACUUUCUACAUAACAUUCCCUGAAGAAGGUCAAUACGGUUUGGACAUUUACACGCGAGAACGCGGCUCCUCUGGCUUGCAACAGAACGGGUCCACGGAGAAGGAGAAACAUCUACUCACGCAUUGCUGCAAAUACCUCAUAAACAGUAGCAAAAGAAACUGACGUCACUAACUGAUUAUCCUAGAUUUAACGCAGGACUUAUUACGUCAAAAAUGUUAAAACAACUGAAAAUCUCUGGUCGCAUUACGUGCACCUAAGACAACGGGUAACAACUCUUGAAAUAAACUUAGCUGCCACACUCGGAGAUAUUAAUGCACAUUACUAAGUGUAGAUUAAGUAUGAAAAAUCUCAAUUUUACUAAGAGAAUUAUUUUAGUAACUUAAUAACCAUUACAUUGUGUGUGGCAUUAAGUUAUAGUUAAAAUUAAGGAGAAAAUUUCGCAUGAAACGGAACGCUUUUGUUUUAAAUUCGUGAAGGAUGCCAAUACAUAAAAUAAAACAGCUUUAAGAAAAUAUAAAAUUAUUUAAUGUCUGUAAAAGUUUAUACUAAAUUACACUGCUGUUAGGAUCAAAUUAUCAACAAUUUAAUAGAUUUUAAAUAAUUGACAAUAUUCAAUAGUUUUAUACACACAUUUAGCACAGGAAAAGUUCUUAGGAAUAAAAUUUAUUAUGAGUUGUAUUUUUUUUAAUAUUUUAAGUUCGUGGUUGUGCUGAAGCAAUGUAAUUGCUUUAUUUGCUAAGAUUUUAUUUACAUUUAAUAUUGUAUAAAAUAUCUAACAUAUAUUAAUCACAUGAAAUUUUACUAAUAUUAUAAAUGCGAAAGUUUAGAUGGAUGGAUGUUUGUUAGAGUUUGUAGCCUAAAUGGCUGAACCGAUUUCGAUGAAAUUUGGUACAUAUGUAGAGGGUCGUCUGGAAGAACACAUAGACUACUCACUUUAGAUUUCUUAAUCCCAAGCGGACGGAGUCGUGGGCGAAAGCUAGUAUAUAAGGGCACCUUCGUAUACGCUUACACAAUAAAACGAAAUUGCUAUAUUACAUUAAAUAUAUGAAAUAUAGUAAUUUAUUAAAAAUAUAACAUAAGAGUAUUAAAGAAAUAAAAAAAAACUUAAUGCGAAAUAUAUUUAAUAAUCAUUUUUAAUUUAAUUAUACAGAACGCAAUAUGUAAAGUUUUUAUAAAAUAUAACAUGUUACUUUUC